GGGGCCUCGGCGGGCAGGACGGGUGGCCCCGGACGGAUGAGGCGGCCGCCGCCUCCGGGCCCCGUAGCGGCCCCGAGGCAUGAAGGCGAGGCACGGGGCUCAAGGAAGCGAAGCCGGAGGGCGGUGCCAGGGCCAGGCGAGGCGGGAAUCUGCGGCCCUGUGGCCGGUGCUCGCGAGGAGAGCAGGCGAAAGGGAAUGGUGGCCCGGGCGUCUGAGAGAGAAGAGAUGGAAAGUGAGAAGUCGGGUGAGGCGUCCGGGGCUGGGAAGGCCGCGAGGCGGCGAGUGGAGGGAUCGGAGGGCCAGGCGGGCCCCUCGAGUGAAGACUGGCCAGGUAUUGAAGCAGCGGAGGAGGCGGAGCUCCCCUUGCAUUCUGGAAGACACACCAAGGAAAAAAGAAAAGCUACCGAAGCCUCAAGUGGUGACUCACAGCCAGGGAUUGACCUGGUAAGGAAGGAAUCAUUAACCAGUUCGGAAUCUUUCCAAACAGUGGAGUACAGUGAAUUCCAAAGCAUGGCUUUCUUAAAGUCUUUGGGUAAGGAAUGUUUGGUAGAAGGUAUUAAAAGAAGAAUUCGAAUAAAAAAGUUUAAAAGUUUAGAAAGCCUACCUCUCAAAAUAACUGAAAAUAAGUCUACACAAAAUAUUAAGAUUGAAUUCCAAGAUGAACUGUACAAGAAUACUCUGAAAUGUUCUUGUAACAGCUUGUCACCUGGAAUAGAAAAUAAUUCCAUUUUAAAAUUACAUAAUUGCAAUUGUUUCCCCCAUUUCAAGGGUUGUAAUGAUGACAACAACCUUGUAUGUAAACCUGAUGUUGGAUGUAUGCAUGUAGCAGAAAAUUCCUUGAUGUUAAAGAAAGAAAAUUUUAAGAGUCUUGCAGAGAAGAGUGACACAAAUAGUAUUCCUCAACUUUUAAAAAAUGAAGAAGAUUUAAUGGGAGUAAAUAAAUUAUUGCUUGAAGAAAGUGAUUUAUGCCAAAGAACAAAUAAUGCCUUAUUUCCCUGCCUUCAAAGUGAAAAAAGUAAAUAUUCAAUAGAGGAGAGCAACAUUGGGAGAAAACCCAAGAAAAGGAUGAAGUUGUCUGAAAAAGAAGAUGAAACCAUCAUUGAGAUGACCUUCUCUAAUGUGUAUAACAAGUCUGAAUUAGUGUUACAAGAAAAUCAAAUGUGUGCCGAAUAUAAAGAAGGGACUUUAGAGGUGAAAAAAAGUCCUUUAAAUGUUUUGAGAAAAGUAAACCAAAAUGCGCUAUCGCCAAGGGAUCAUUCAUUAAGUCUCCCAGAAACAGUGGGAAAAAACCCAAGUCUUGAACAUCAUGUAAAUGCUAUGUUUCAUGAACCACUUUUGAAAGAAGAACUGAAGAAUGCUUCAGAGCCCUUAGGAUGUAAAAACAUGGAGUCCGAAGAUUUUAAGUCAGUGAAAAGCUCAAUAAUGAAAUCACCUAAUGAUAUAUCUGAUCUUUCUGAUUACCAUCAUAUUGAACAGGGAUCUUCACAGGAAAACUUGGGAAAUGAAGCUGAAGACUCGAAAUUGAGCUGUCACAGAACAAUGCCAAUGACUGGCAAAAGAACUUGGCCUUAUUAUUCAUGUGCUAGAAUAUCCAUCCAGUGUUGGAAAAGGGGUUCCUUGCCCAAGUCAAAUUACUUUCUUCCUAGGUCUCAGGAAAACAUUAGUCAAGAAGAUUUUCUUAAACACCAAACAAACCAAACUCACUUAACUGAUUCCAAAUUAUUGUUACAAAAUUCUAUAACAGAAACAAAUAUUGAAUCUUCAAGUAAAGAAAAAUUGGAUUCUAAUUUAAAUAGUUUGUCUUCAGUUUCUGCAAUAGAACCUACUUUAAUGGUUUUGGAGGAACCUAUAAUUAAUGAUGGUAAAAGGAUGAGGUCAGAGGAUCCAAGCAGAAGUGGGUCAGAGGUAGUUUCUAAUACUACUGAAGAUACUCCAUUAAGUAAUAUGACUGAAAGCUUAACAGGAAGCAAAAAAAAAGGUAGAGGGAAUUUAACAAGACUUAAUGUGACAAUGUCUUCCCAGGAUGGCCAGGAAUCAAAUAACUCUACAGGCAAAACUAUCCAUCGAAAAGCUGUCAUUGCCAAGCAAACACUUGUGGCUCCAGACUUCGUUAAAAUAUUGAACACAGGACGAUUGACUAAUUUUAAAAUUCCUUUACUUAAAAAUAAAACAGAAAAAAGAAAAGUAAAUGCCAAGUCAUCGGAGAGAGAAGCUUAUAGUCCCCUAGAACUUCUUGACAAUUUGUCUGGAGCAGAGGCAAGACAGAACAGAAGUAAAGAAAAUGCUUCCACAGUCACUUCAGGACCUCCGUCUUUGAGCAUACAAAAUAGUGUAACUUCAGCACAAGCUACUUCUGGCUCUCUCUACAGUAAGAAUUCCUGUAGUAUUUCUUCAAGCUUUUCAAAGCAAGGUAAUAAUAAACCAUCCAGUUACAUCUCUGAACCAGGCAAUAGUGUUUCUAAUAAGGAAGCUGUUUCUCUCACAGUUGAAAAUAAUACUUUUUCUUGUGAUCCUGGUUAUAUACAGAAAAAUCCUUCCUUUUGCUCUAAUGAACAAGAAACAUUUGGAACAGUUUCCUCUGAAGUUAGUGGUACAAAAAUGACUAAGAGCAUUUCAGAAAUUAAAGUGGACUUUCCAGAUAUUCUUAAAGCAUACGAAGAUGAUGUCCUUUUAAUUGAUGUAAUUCAAGAUGACCCAGACCUCUUUGGAGUCUCCAAUGAAGGGGAGCCCUUGUAUACUUCAGAGGUCCCCAUGAUCAGCCAGAAGCCCAGUGUCGUUGAAGAGCACCAAUCAACAGACUCCAAGCACAUGGAACUUCCAGAAAAAGAAGAAGGCGAUGACUUGAGAGAACUUCUGAUACUGGACCCUGGAUUGAUGACAUCAGAAAUUUGUGAUUCCUUAUCAACAGCAAAUGAGAUAAAACAUAAUUCCAAAAGUGUGAACAUUUCCUUAGAAGUUACCAAUGAGAAAUCUGAAAAUGAGAAACUGGGAGACCUCAGUGAACACAUAAAAGGUUCAGACUUGGAUGAGAAGUGUAUACUUUCAGGCAAGGUGACUAUUCAAGAAGAAAAAGAAAAUAUUGAAGAAGUUUGCAAGAGCAAAGAUUCCAAAAAUGCAGAGAUUAUGGCUGGUGAAUGUCAGUUAACAGCACUGGGCCCAAAACCUCUGUGCUUAACAGUGCCACCUUUGAAUCUAAGUGCUCCUCAAGAGGACACAAUAUUGAAGCCCUGGAUGAAUGAUUUCAGAUUUCCAGGAAAACAUUCUCUCUUAAAAUUGAAGAAUCCUGAAAUUUAUGAAGUAUUUAAGAGGGAAAAAAAUGUAGGGGUGUUCCAGAAGCCACUAGGGUUGAUGAUACCCCAUAGAUACUGCAAAUUUCAUUUUAAUACGUUACGUGGCUGUGAGCGAUCACAAUGCAAGUUUGCCCAUGUCCCUGAUCAAGGAGAUGAAAAGGUUUGCAUGGAUGUGUUUAAGAAAUAUAUAAGUAUCAAUGAGCUGUGUUUGCUGCAACGUGCAGUGAGCAUGUUUAUGAAAUACUACAGAAAGUUUCCUCCCGGCAUAUACUUCGAUUUACAAGUGUUAAAUGGCCUUCUAAACUCUUUACUCGAGCAUUGUUUAUUGAAAGAAGUUUUUCAGGUAGUGAAUCUCAGCAUAAUGGUUAAAAUGCUGCCUGCUCUGAAUAUAUUACUAAAAAUAUUUGAGCAUGUGGCAACUAUGAACUUAAGGAAUGCUGUACCUGCUUUAGUUGAUAUCUUUUGCAAGCUUGUUGAAUCUGGGAUGGUGCUUGAUCCAGAACACUUUAACUAUAUUGUUAAACUCUUAUACCAAGUACAGGCUUCCAAACAAGAAAUAACUGCAGUUCUGGAAAUGAAAUCUAGGUUACAGAUGAGGCAAUUGAAAAAGAACUGGAAGUGUGAUUUAGAUUCAGCCUUGAAUGAAAUUGAGCAUUGUAAAGAAAAAAGUGACUGGACCAAAUUGGGAAAUUUAUAUAUUAAUGUAAAAAUGGGCUGUGAAAAAUUUGCAGAUUUCCAGAGAUUUUGUACUUGUAUUGCUGAAACACUAACAAAAGACUGUAAAGAGGAGAGACCAGCUGUUCCUUUCUGUGAAUUUGCUGAAACAGUUGGCAAAGACCCACAAAAUAGUGAAGUAGAUAAAACUUUGCUGGGGAGAAUCGGGAUCAAUGCCAUGUACUUCUAUCACAAGCUGUUGCAGUGGUCCAAGGGAAGGAAGGUCUUAGAUAAACUAUAUGAAUUAAAAAUACAUUUCACAAGUUUAAAAGGACUUACAGGACCUGGGAAGUUAGCACCAAGAUGUCAAAUUGUGAAUAUUGCAGCGGAAAUUUUUCUAAAAAGUGGAAGUCUAGAUGGUGCCAUUUGGGUGUUGAGAGAGUCAGAAUGGAUAAUCAAUACACCACUGUGGCCUUGUGAUAGACUGGAUGUUCUCAAUCGACACAAUCUUCUCUGUACAAUUGCACAUGAAAUCUUAGCCAAGAGCCUUUACAGACAGACAUUUGAAGUUUUACAAAAUCUACCAGGUUUUCAAAAUUCUCAAGAAACUGUGGAGGUCUCACAGUAUAGCCUUCUUUUUAAUAAACUUCUGGAUGCCUGUAUAGAAAGCAACAGUCUUGGUAUGUCAUCCUCCGUAGCAGAAUUCAUGAUUUCAAAGAGCAUCCCUAUUGAUUUUUCCUUUCUUAGAAGAUUAAUUACUUCUUUAGGAAGGAGCUGUUUAUGGCUCAAAGCCAGAACCCACUACAAAAGUGCUCUCUCAUUGGGCUGCUACCCACCAUUGGAGGGAAAUUUAUACCGAAAACUUCUACUGAUUCCUUCUUAUUUAUCUGAGAUUGAAAUGCUUUUAGCUAUCGAAAUCUUCCUGGUGUCUAAUGCUAGUAGUAUUCAGAAUCCUGGAACUUCUACACAGACACUGCAGAUAGUUUUGAAAAGGUCAAGUGUCCUCACAACAUGACAACUAUUCCCAGAGUGAGCAAUCCAAGAGAGAAUGAGUGAGGAAGAAGCUGCAAUACCUUUUAUGACCUAUGUCAAAACCUGAAGAGUCUGAGAUUUUACUCUACCUGCAAGGCUACAGGUUAACCUGCCAUAGUUUUAUGGAUACUAGCAUGAGACAAGACUCCUGGAUUGGAGAUAGAGGACAUUCUGACUCAUGGCACAGCAAGCAGCAUGAGUAUCUGCAUAUUUGGUCCAGAUGAUGUCUGCACAUUCAGUGGAACGUAUUACAGGAAAAUAAUUCUGAGCUUAGGGGAUCCCAGAUCUUUUAUAUUGUGCAGUAAGCAUUAUGCCCUUUGCUUCAGAGGGAGGCACUAUGUGUCUUCUAAGGCUGUAAGCAAACCUGUCCUUUGCUCCAGAGGGAUAAACUAUCUUUGUCUUUCAAGGUUGAUUACUGUACAGACAUCUUGAAAGUCUGGAACCGAAAGGUAGUCAGUGUCACUGCUUUCAAGACUUGCAGAAAUGUAAGAAACCUAUGGAAAAUUGUCAUCUAACAACCUAGUGUUUAUAGUUGCACAUUUCUCCUUUACUCUCUUUAUUAAAAGCUAAUCAUUUAAUCCAGCCUACACUUAAGGGGAGGGAGGGGAAUUUCAUUCCACCUUCUGAAGGAAAGGGCAUCAAAGAAUUUGUGGAUGUUUUGAAACCACCACAAAUAUAAAGUAUCAUUUCAGACUAUCUACUUAAAUAAUUGUGAAGGCUGUUGGGAGAUUAGCCUCGCAGACAAAGAAAUUUAAAAAAUAAAAACUUCGUUAAUAUAGUGUUAAAAAACUUAUCACUCCUGUGUGUUUCCUUCUAUGCGUUUUUACCUCUGAAUGUUUUUACAUA